AUGUGCAACUCCUGUUGUGGCUCUGUCUGUUCUGACCAGGAGAACUGUUGCAGGACCACCUGCUGCAGGACUACCUGCUGCCGCCCUAGCUGUUGCAUCUCCAGCUGCUGCAGGCCCCUGUGCUGCCAGCCCACUUGCUGCCGCCCUUCCUGCUGCAUCUCUAGCUGCUGCCGCCCCAGCUGCUGCCAGACCACCUGCUGCAGGCCUCAGUGCUGCCAGACUGUGUGCUGCCAGCCCACCUGCUGCCGCCCCAGCUGCUGCCCCAGCUGCUGCCAGACCACCUGCUGCAGGACCACCUGCUGCCGCCCCAGCUGCUGUGUGUUCAGCUGCUGCAGGCCCCAGUGCUGCCAGUCCACCUGCUGCCGCCCCACCUGCUGCCACCCUUCCUGCUGCGUUCCCAGUUGCUGCCACCCCAGCUGCUGCCAGUCCACCUGCUGCCAGCCCACCUGCUGCAGUUCUAGCUGCUGCCGCCCCAGUUGCUGCACCUCCAGCUGCUGCAGGCCCCAGUGCUGCCAAUCUGUGUGCUGCCAGCCCACCGGCUGCCGCCCUUCCUGCUGCAUUUCUAGCUGCUGCCGCCCCAGUUGCUGCAUCUCCAGCUGCUGCAGGCCCCAGUGCUGCCAGUCCACCUGCUGCCAGCCCACCUGCUGCCGCCCCAGCUGUUGCAUCUCAAGCUGCUGUUGCCCCAGCUACUGCCAGACCUCCUGCUGCUGCCCAACCUGCUCUAGCAGUUCUUGUUGCUGA